CUCUGGCAUCGCCCAGGCCGACAAUGAUUCCGUCCACGGCCAUUGCUCAGCUGAUGGAUGAGGGCAAGUCCGGAGAAGACGGGGCCACCCUGCCCAUGCUGUGCGCGGACCCCCAGCUGCCCGUGUGGCCCGUGAAGCAGGCCCUGGCCAGCCGCAGCGGGGUCACCAUCGACCGGGCCUUCGCCUUCCUCCCCAGCCAGCUAGGGGUGCAGACACCGGCGGGGGGACAAGGACGCGAGGCCGAGCCGCCCCCCAAAGAGGAGAAGCCGGGCAGCAGCCCCCGGAAGGGGUUUGCAUCCAUCACCAUCACGGCCAGGCGUGUGGGCCCCCCGGCCAGCAGCCUGGUGUGGGGGGCUGUGGGGGACCCGCUGUGCACCAGGUGCAGGGCGCAGGACCCUCUGCUCAGGGACCCCUCCGUCCUGGCCAGCGGAGCCCAUCCAGGUCGACUCCGAGGGCCUUUCGCCUGCACAGAAUCCUCCAGAAACAGCUCAGUGAUGAGGCUGAGGUUCCCCGAGGCCCAGCUGCAGCUGUGUGACGGACACCAGUACUGGGUCACCAGCGUGGACCACAGGGAGGGCAGGUUUUCUCCCGACCCCCCACCGUCGGCAAAGGGCCCGCUGCUGUUCAGCUCCUGCGUCCACCUCCGGGUGUCUCAGCAGUGCCCGAAUGCCAUCUACUACCUGGACAGGCCCCUCUCCGUCCCCAUGGAGCAAACGCGCCUGGCUGGCCCCAAGACGCACAGGUCCGUCCUGUCCCUCAACCUCCGCUGCACUUCCCACCGACUGACACCAGAGGGGGCAGGCGGCACGGCCAACGCAGGGCCAAUCAGCAGGGCCCUGAAGCCGCAGCUCACCGAGGGGGGCCCCGGCCUCCUGGGCCCACGCUGGACCCCGGCGGGGCCACCCACCCUGGGGCGGGUGCAUCUGGGGACCGGCACGUGUCCUUGGGGCGGCGGCGCCCCUCCGUUGGACGAUGCAGAAUUUGCCGCCGCGGGAGCUCAGCAGAUGGCGGUGAGGAAAGGGGAGGAGGCCCCUGCCACGUGCUGCCACGCCGGCGUUCACACCGACCAGCUGUCCAUUCACAUCCCCGGCUGGAGUUACAGGGCGGGCGAUUACACGUGCUGCGAUUUGGUGGUGAAGCUGAGGGAGUGCCAGAGGAGCGAGGCCUCGGCCACGGCCACCCCCGCACCCACCCCGGAGCCCACGCCGGAGCCCAUGCCCACGCCCGCGUCACCCCGGCCGGCGCCCUCCGAGGAACCGGAGACCCCUGACCCGCGGGAAGACCUCUCGGAGUGCCAGCAGACCGCCGCCUCCUUGACCUUGCAGGAAGCGCUGGAGGUGCGGAAGCCGCAGUUCAUCUCCCGCUCGCAGGAGCGGCUGAAGCGGCUGGAGCGCAUGAUCCAGCAGAGGAGGGCCCAGCGGAAGGACGGCCCGGGCCCGAGGCAGGGCCCCCUGCCCGUCCGCGCCAGCAAGAAGCAGUUCACCGUCCCCCACCCGCUUAGCGAUAACUUGUUCAAGCCCAAAGAAAGGUACAUUUCGGAGAAGGAGAUGCACAUGCGCUCUAAAAGAAUCUAUAACAACCUGCCCGAAGUCAAAAAGAAAAAAGAAGAGCAAAAGAAAAGGCUGAUCUUGCAGAGUAACAGACUCCGCGCAGAAGUCUUCAAAAAGCAACUGUUGGACCAGCUCCUUCAAAGGAACGCCGUGUGACCGCAGGCUGCCCCGCCGCCCGGACCUGGGACGGCUUCACACGCUGGGUAACCCAUUAAACUGAGCGUGGCAUCAAGCACCUAAUUUCACUUUUCGAUUUUUGUUUUUUUCAUAAAGGAAAACCUAGUUUUCUGAGUUGCCCACCCAAACCGAGCAGAAACGGUGACGCUUCAGGAAGUGGGUCAGCAGAUGGGUGGGGGGUCUCGUCACAGAACCCACCAGGUCCCUUCCCUUCUUACUUCUGAAUUUUCCCUUUUGCUUCCGAUGUCCCCUCCCUGCCCCCCAUUUCCACCUCGGCAGAAGGGCUUUGCGCACCCACAUGGGCGUAGAUCCCCGGGGGUCACUUUUUUUUCCCCAUGAAAUUGCUGGGACCCAGACGCAUCCCUUUCGCAGUACCAAGCCCAGCUUCCGCCAGUUCUGCGGACCCGGACUCCGGGUCGCCGCACAGUGUGUCUACAGUCUCUCUGGGUGUGCGCGCCUCCUAGUGCUGGGAGCUGCGCCCGAGAGCAGGGGGCAAGCGGCCUGGUGCCUGUGACCUGAGGUGGGGGCCAGGCGGCCUUCACUGCCCCACCCGCUCCCCCCACCCCCCUGCCGCCUUUCUCUGUUUAGCAAGAGUCUGUGUCCAUGGCCCCUGUCAGGGCAGAAUCAGCUGAAAAUAACUAUGGGCGACCUCAGUGUGCUCUGCACCCCCACUGUCCCCACCUCUCCACCAUCCCCCCCCCCACAGUGACCCCCCCCCCCCACAAUCCCCAAGGAAGGGUUGCCUCGCUGAAGAUGGCCCACCGGCUGCAAGGCUGCCUGCCGCGUGUCCUUGCGACAUUUACUGUGUUUAUAAACGUGUGCUUGGGAGCUCACAACCUACUAGUUUUUAUCAAAAAUGGAAAUAA